GAGAUUCUUUUCUCCCAAAUAAGGAUACAGGAGACGAAUACUCUACCGACACACCUAAAUACUCUGCUUCAAAUCAACGCUUCUCUGUUUCGAUUUCGAGAUACUCUGACUAAGCCCUUUGUUUAAUAUGGCGACGACACGAAUCGUGAGGGUUUCACAAGACGGUUCCGGCGAUUACUGCUCUGUUCAAGACGCAAUUGAUUCGGUGCCUUUAGGUAACACUUGUAGAACUGUGAUACGUCUCUCACCUGGGAUUUAUAAGCAACCUGUUUACGUACCUAAGAGAAAAAACUUCAUCACCUUCGCCGGAAUCUCACCGGAGAUCACGGUUUUGACUUGGAACAAUACUGCUACUAAGAUUGAACAUCACCAGGCGUCUAGAGUCAUUGGGACUGGUACGUUUGGUUGUGGGAGUGUUAUUGUUGAAGGUGAAGACUUUAUUGCAGAGAACAUUACUUUUGAGAACUCUGCUCCUGAGGGAUCAGGACAAGCUGUUGCAAUACGGGUUACUGCAGACCGCUGCGCGUUUUAUAACUGUCGAUUUCUCGGUUGGCAGGAUACAUUGUAUUUACAUCAUGGGAAACAAUAUUUGAAAGACUGUUACAUCGAAGGAAGCGUGGAUUUCAUAUUUGGAAACAGCACCGCGCUUUUGGAACACUGCCAUAUCAACUGCAAAUCUCAGGGUUUUAUAACAGCGCAAAGCCGGAAAUCAUCUCAGGAAUCUACUGGUUAUGUAUUCUUAAGAUGUGUUAUUACCGGAAAUGGUCAGAAUGGGUAUAUGUAUCUCGGAAGGCCAUGGGGACCAUUUGGGAGGGUGAUCUUUGCAUAUAGUUACAUAGAUUCGUGUGUCAGAAAUGUCGGUUGGCAUAACUGGGGAAACGCAGAGAAUGAGAGAAGUGCUUGCUUUUACGAGUACAGGUGUUUUGGCCCGGGUAGCUGUUCGUCUGGACGGGUUCCGUGGUCGAGAGAACUGAUGGAUGACGAAGCUGGACACUUUGUGCAUCAUAGUUUUGUUGAUCCAGAUCAGGACCGGCCUUGGUUAUGCCUAAGAAUGGGAGUGAAAAUACCUUUUUCCGCAUAGAGUACUGAGAAGAAAAAUGUUGUAACUACCACAACGGAGGCCUAGAAUAAUGAAGGAUCAUGUUGAACCUAAAGUAUCAUCAAACUUGGGAUUAUCUUCUUCUGUCCAAGUGAAUGAGUUAAAAAAAAAAAAAAAAAAUUCCAUCGAAUGUAUAAUUUUACUCUUCAUGGUUUCUUCUUGUUAUGCAAUGGCAACCAAAUUAUGUUUGUAACUUUGUAUAACUAAAAUUAUUAUUAUUAUGUUUUUGUAUA